AUGGCGGACCGUAGAGAGAAAGGACUGCAGGAUUUCAGGAAAAGAUUACUCGAACACAAAGAAGUUGACGCGCGGUUAAAAGAAUUGAGAGAGCAACUGAGAAAACAAACCAAACAAUUUGAGAAGUCAGAGGACAACUUGAACGCUCUGCAGAGUGUGGGACAGAUUAUUGGAGAAGUGCUGAAACAGCUGACCAAAGAGAAAUUCAUUGUCAAGGCUUCCAAUGGCCCCCGAUAUGUGGUUGGAUGCCGCAGACAGGUGGAUAAGUCGCAGCUGAAGCAAGGCACCAGAGUGACUUUGGACAUGACCACGCUCACUAUAAUGAGGUACCUUCGCAGAGAGGUGGACCCUCUGGUGUACAACAUGUCUCAUGAGGACCCUGGCAGCGUCUCCUACUCUGAAAUUGGAGGCUUGUCUGAACAGAUCCGUCAGCUGAGAGAGGUUAUUGAGCUGCCUCUGACCAACCCUGAGCUCUUCCAGAGAGUGGGAAUCAUCCCCCCUAAAGGCGUCCUGCUCUAUGGGCCUCCAGGUACUGGAAAGACUCUUCUGGCCAGAGCAGUAGCCAGUCAGCUGGACUGUAACUUCCUUAAGGUGGUUUCCAGCUCAAUUGUGGACAAGUACAUUGGUGAGAGUGCCAGGUUGAUAAGAGAGAUGUUCAACUAUGCCAGGGACCACCAGCCAUGCAUCAUCUUUAUGGAUGAAAUUGAUGCCAUCGGUGGGCGUCGUUUCUCUGAGGGAACCUCUGCUGACAGAGAGAUUCAAAGGACACUGAUGGAGCUGCUUAACCAGAUGGACGGCUUUGACACGCUGCACAGAGUCAAGAUGAUCAUGGCCACCAACAGACCUGACAUCCUGGAUCCCGCCCUGCUACGACCUGGCAGACUGGACCGUAAAAUCCACAUUGAACUACCCAAUGAACAGGCUCGUAUGGACAUCCUAAAGAUCCACGCAAGUCCCAUCACCAUCCACGGAGAAAUAGAUUAUGAAGCCAUAGUGAAGCUGUCGGACGGCUUCAAUGGAGCUGAUCUGAGAAACGUGUGCACAGAAGCAGGUCUGUUUGCCAUCCGCGCUGACCGGGAGUACGUCACUCAGGAAGACUUCAUGACAGCUGUGCGGAAAGUGUCUGAUUCAAAGAGGCUUGAGGCCAAACUGGUCUACAAGCCUUUAUAA